GUCCGCCAGCGCCGCCCUGCAGACCGGAAACUACCGCUGAUGUGAUGAGAGCGCGCGACAAAAGGCGCCGGCAUUUUAAUCCGCUGUAGCGCCUCCGUGAUACUCUGACGGGGUGACACUUAGGGAAGAAGCGGUAUCUCAGCAGCACAGUGUCGGUGGGUACAACCAGAUUCGGCCAGCUGGGCACCAUGGACCGUGCGGCGCUUCACUCGCAGCUGGCCUCCGUCAUGGAGGUGUUGGCUAACGCGGCCGUGGCGGAGAUCUGCAAGCUGGUGGACGAUGGAUACGCGCUGCUGCGCCUCCAGGUGACCCAGGCGCAGAGGGAGAACCGGGCCCUCAAGCGGAGGAUCCAGCUGCUGGAACCUGGGCCGGCGAGGGAGCCGGGCUCCGCUGGUAGCUGCUCAGGAGACACGGUAGUCGAGAGCCGCGAAGGGCGGUCCAUCGGCCGGCAGAAGCGGGGAAGAGGAGAUGCCGAGGACGGGGGCCUGCCGCCGUGCAACAUGGAGCAGUCAGCCGACAUGGAGGAGGAUGCAGCACCUGAAUCGCUACUCAUCAAGGAGGAGAGACUUGAGGAGGAUCUGGAGCGAGCCAGUCUGCAGGGAGACCUGAGCCUGAGAGCAGAAAAGGUCACAGUGGGGGCGGCUGAUCGCAACCUGGACCCGGUCAUAAACACGGCUUCUCCAAAGGCUUCGAAAGGCCACGAGGAGUUUACUGAGCACCAUGGGAGCCACCGCUGUCUUUCGGAGGUCAGUGGAUUGGAGACUGUUCUUAAGGCAGAGCCAGAGAGAGCCAGUGGCAGAAAAGUGCUCCAGCAUUCAGCCUCUGAACAGAGCACAGGAAGACUGGCCAGUCUCUACUGUGAUUACACUGCAUACAGCAGACGUGGCCACCUGAGGACAUUCUUUGCACAUGGGGUCGAUGAGACAGAUGCAGAUGAUCCUUCGUGCUCUUAUGCCACAGAAAUGGACUCUGAGGGCUUGUCGUUUCACUCAGAGCUGCAGCAUAUUUCAGCAGCAGAAGACGCGGGUGACAGUGUCUCUGUCGGCUCUGCGGACAUGAAGCCGGAGCUUGUGAUGGUAGACUCAGUGCCCGAGGAUGCAGAUGCCGACAUGUGCUCAGCAUGGGACGGUGACACGCUCCCUGCAGCAGCGGUGUACGCAGCGCGUAGUCAUGACAAAGGAGAGGGACGCGGGGACAGGAGGCAGAGAGAGAGCGCGUUCGACGCGUGUCCACCACGGGUCCCAAUGACUGGGAGCGAAAGCAUGGGAGAGUCCAGAUCAGAUGCCAUAGAUAUGAACGGCUUCCUUCCCUGUGAGGCCAGUCUAAUCACACCCAAAGACAUUAAAACCCAAAGCAGGAUGGGUGCAAGAGAGAAACUGUUUGUUUGCACAAUUUGUGGAAAAGCUUUUAAUCGGCCAAAAAAGGUGGAGAUCCACCUGAGAGUUCACACUGGGGAGAAGCCAUUUAGAUGCACGCUUUGUGGGAAAUGGUUUGCCGAGUCGGGUAACCUGAAAAAACAUCAGAGGGUUCACACAGGAGAGAAGCCGUUUAGCUGUGCACACUGUGGGAGAAGGUUUGCAUGGAUACGUAAUCUCAAAACACACCAGCAAAGGAACCACAUGUAGUCAAAGUCUGCUUUGUUAGAUAAAUAUACAGUACCGGUCAAAAGUUUGGACACAUCAGGCUGCCUACAAAGGAGAGUGAUAGUGUCGCAUCACAUGACCUGGCCCCCUGACCUAUACCCAGUAGAGAUGGUUGUUGAGGAGUUUAACCAGAUAGUGAAGGAAAUGCAGCCAAUGAGUGCUCAGCAAAUAGGUGGGACCUUCAGGACAGCUGGAAAAGCAUCCCAGGAGGCCACCUCAUGAAACUGGCAUAGAGGAGACAGUCGGGUCAGUCAGUCCCUGGGGCAAUUGAGGUUAAGGGCCUUUCUUAGGGGGCAAUGGUGGCAUCACUCUGUGGACCACAGGAUUUGAACCAGCAACCUGUGUUUUUUUUUUUUUUUUUGGUCAGUACAUAAUUCCAUAUAUUAUAGUUUUGAUGUCUAUACUUGCUGUAUAGUGUAGAGAAUAGUCUGAGAACAUCUUUCUAUGCGUUGGGUGUCCAAACUUUUGAACCAAAUCUGUAUCAUGAUUUAAUAUUGGAAGGAAUCGUGCCAAAUUACCUUUGGCUUAAAUGGAUAUAGAUGUCUAUGGUCAUACACAUUUUGUCACAUUCUUUUUCUUUUGUGACCUACACUAUUGCAGGCCAUUUUGAAAAUUAAAUGCAUUUUUAUUGUACAUAAAUUGAUGGCAUGGACCUCUGCCAUGAACCUGUUCUCAUAACAUCUUAAUCUUCAGCCUUUAUGUACAUGUUGCUGUUUGUGCACUGUAAUUGAAGUUUGUUGAACUUUUUAAUAAAAAAAAAAGAAUGACUUGUGA